CCCCGACCGAAGCCCCGCCCCCAGCAGGCUAGGCUGCGCGGGGCCGCAGGCGGCGAAGGCAGGUGCUGUGGGCUGCGGGCAGGUGGCGGCGCGCCGCGGGCCGGCGGUGACGGCGGCUCCAGGCAGUGGCUUCUCCAUUUCGGAUGUUUUGAAUCCCCAUGGAUCCACAACCGUAACCAUGGUGACGCGGGUGGAGGUUGGCUCCAUCACGCCCCUGCCAGGAGUGCCAGGCCUCGGGGAGAUCGCCAAGGAGGAGACCCUGACAAGGACCUACUUCCGCCAGGCGGGCGACCCCUGCGGGGCCCCCUCGGCGCGGCUCCUGGAAGGGAAGAGCCCCCUCAGGAGCCCCGCACGCCUGCUCCCUCUGCCCAGACUCGCCCCCAAGCCCUUCUUCAAGGAGAAGGCCCCGGCCCUGAAGUCCCCGGGGCCCAGCCCGGCCAGGCCCCCUCCCUCCUGUGGAUCGCCCCAGGACGCGGUGGCAAAGGACCCCGGCGAGAAGAUGCCCAGCCUGGGGGGGCAGGAGGAGGGCGACGGGGGCCUGCGGAGCGGCUCGGCCCUGUUCCCCAAGGCCUCCUUCCUGCGGCCCAGUGCCAGCACCCUCUUCCUCUUCGAAACCACCAAAGCCGGCCCUGUCCUGGGGAAGGGGCUCAGUGAGGGGGCCCCCGAGGCCAAGGCCGGGGUUUCUCAGGAGCCCCCCUCGGGCUCGAGGCCUGAAGUGGCCGCCAAGCCCGCCCUGCCUGCCCGGAGGCCUGGGGGGACCCUGCCCCGACCGGCCUCCCUGUCACAGGACACCAGGCCGGCCGCCCCCCGAGAGGACACGGGCCCCAGGGAGCCCCUCUCCAAGGCCAGCAGCGUGGGGGACACGGACAGCCCCGCGGGGGAGCCCCAGCCUCGCCCCAAGAGAAGGCCCGUGUCCGCGAUUUUCACGGACUCCAUUCAGCCUCAGAGGCCGGGCCCGGGCGGGGCGGCUGCGGGGGGGAGAGCGCCCCCCACCCCGCCCGAGAAGACGUGGGUGAGGAGGCCCCGGCCUCUGUCCAUGGACCUCACGGCCCGGUUCGAGAACAGAGAGGCCUCGCUGAGUAAAGCCGCUGGCGAGGCCGCCGCAGGUCCCUCCGGCCAGCGCCGGGGACCCGAGAGGCCCGGCCCGGAGCCCCGUGUGGACGGGGAGCAUCCGGUCAAAGCAGAGGCUCCCCUCCCCGACCCAGACGCCGACCUCCUGGAGGUGGCCAAGAAGAUCGGCGAACGGAAGGAGAAGGCGCUUUCCAAGCAGGCCGAGCUGGGCGGCCUCAGAACUGGGGGGGGCUCGGCCAGGGUCACCCCCGGCGACCCAAAGCCCGGGGAAGAGAAAGCCAGGCUGGACACAGAGCCAGACAAGGCUCCCGAGUUCCCCUCACCCAGGCCGAGCAAAGGCCGAGAAAGCGCGGAGGUCAAGAGCAGAGCGUCCGAUGGGGAAAUCCGGACCCGGGGAGAGUGGGUCUCCAGGGGCAGCGUCAAGAAGCGCCUCAGCCUGUUUGGGGAGGAAAGCGCCUUGGCCGUGGGGUCUGAACCCCCACUGGCCACCCCUGAGUCCCCAUCGGCUGCUCCGGAGCCCGAGAAAGCGGGACUGAGUGUCCAGGAUCGGAUCAAAGGCUGGGCCACCGAGAGCGCCAAGGUCAAGCCGGAGGUCAGGAGGAGGGCGUUCCAGGCUCGGCCCCUGUCGGCGGAUAUGACCAAACUGUUUUCAAGUUCAGCUUCAAGCAGUGAAGUCAAGUAUGAGAGGUGCUCGGAGCCGAGUGGCGAGCUUGCUAAGGAGCCGAGAGAAAAGCAAAAGGAAGGACCUGGUUUGGACGGAGCAUCUGCUCCAAGGAGCCCCUGGAAGCCGGGGCCCCCCGGGGAGAAGUCCAGGCAGGCACCGCGGAAGGACGGUUCUAACCAGGUUCCCAGCAGCUGUCGCGGGGCAGGCUCGGCGGGGGCCCUGAGCUCCUCCGAUGGCGCCCCGGAAGACGAGGGGGGCUUCCAGACCGUGAGGGCCACAGUGUUUGAGCAUCACGUGGAGAGACACACGGUGGCUGACCAGUCGGGACGCUAUCCCCCAGCCACACCCCCUGGCGCUGUGACCCACGUCUCGGAGCCCCGACCCAGGCCCAAGAGAGGCUCGUGGCUGGGGAAGGACCCUCCAGAAAAGACGACCCUCAAGAAAGAGAACUCCAGGUGGUCAGAAAACCCCGACACCGAGAACGUGGGACGGAUUCCCCUCUUGAAUGGUGACCCCAAACCGGAUCACACGCCUCUCCCGGCAAGGCCCCCCCUGGGCGAGACACGCAGUAGCCACCCCUUCCUGAAGUGCCUGGAGCACCCUCCCAGGUCACAGCGGGUUGAGCCCAAGUACGACGUCAUGCACACAGUGGGGGAGCGUGUGCACAGUGAGGCUGUCCCCACGGCACCGGAGGAGAAAGCCGUGGAGCUCCGGAGCGGCAGCGGCAGGUCCCGUCUCUCGCUGAAGGGGAGGCAGCUGUCCCCCGAGGUCGCCCCCGCUGACCCAGAGCGCAGACCAGACAGCCAGGCGGGCUCCGUCCAAAGGGCCAGUCUGCUUUGGGAAGCCCAAGGGACGCAGGAGGUCAGCGGGCCCAUCCCGGACCCCCGAGAGCCGCAGGGCACGUUCGGGGGCAGCGGCCUGUCGCCCACGUGGAGAGGUGGGGCGGCCGGGGGCUGGCACAGAGCCACGCUGGUGGUCAGCGAUGACAUCAGCCCUGCGGUCCCCAGCGAGCGCUCGGCCAGGCCCUGUGGCCCUGAGGCCGCCGGUGUGAGGACCGUCCAGGCCGCCAGCAGCGAGGCCCAGCACCAGGGGCCCGAAGGGGCCAGGAACCAGCCAGGAGGCUGUGCUGCCGCGGGAGACAGGGCUGCUCCCCGCGGCUGCCCUUCCGACGCCCCUUCCAGAGCCAAGGGGGAGCCCUCGGACCUCCGAGCACGGCCACCCCCUGACGGGCUUGUGCAGAAAGGGCCCCGAGUGGUGGCUGCCAGGGAGGCUGAGCGGAGGCCGGCCCCGGCCCCGGAGCCUGAAGUCAGGAUGCGGAGAGGGAGCCCCGGGGACCAGAGAUUCGACAAGUGGAGACGGCGGACAUUGCCCCACGACGUGAAGUUUGAGGAGUUCAGCUUCCUGGCUUCAGAGGGGGAGCAGCCGGGCCCCGAUGAUCUGAGCCCCACCGCAGGCGCCGCGAGGAACCGUCUACCGUCCCGUAACAGGGCGGAGGCCCGGGAGGCGGACCCGGCUGUCUCCCGGGACCCGGCCCCCCCAGCUGUGAGCCCAGGGCCGUCUGGGGAACCCAAGGCCACCUUUUUUGCGGUGACAUAUCAGAUUCCCGAUGCUCAAAAGGCAAAGGGUGUUGUUAAGCCAGGGCCCGAAAGCGUGACGGAACAUUCUAGAAAAAUAGCUCCGCCUCCAUCGCCUCAUCCUUUAACUUCCACCUUGGUUUCUCCCAACCCUGAAGAGCCACUGGAGACCGUGGGCAAUAAGAGCCGGGCGCAGGGCAGACGGCGUGACAGCGCCAGCUUUUCAAACACGCUAAAGCCAACAGAUGUUUCAUCGCCUCCUGGGGACAGGAUUCUGGAUCUUUCCACCAUCUUCGAUGCAGACGCUGUAUGUGUCUAUCGGCGACCAGAAGGCCGCACUGGGUUUCAGAAUGACUGGAGGGAAGGUGGGAGCAAGACGUCCCCCAGUAGCGCUCCCCAAACCAUCAGAAGGAGGAGCGAGGUGGUCAGCGAGACGUCCCCGGGCAAAGUCACACGUGGCUACAGAUCCAGCGUUCUUGACAUUGACGCCCUGAUGGCCGAGUACAAGAAGCCAGAGGCUCCGGAGCGGAUGGAGGGGCCGCCCGCAGAGCCUGGCUGGGCCCAGGAGCGGCCAGGCCAGCGAGGCGGGGUGGAGCGGAGGCGGAGGAGCCUGAAGGAGGGGCCCGAAGAUGAGGGUCCCCGGAAACAGGCCAGUUUUGCUGAAACAAACCACGGUUCUAGUCCAGCCUCUGGCAGGCAGCUGGCCGAGAGCCCGGGGGCCGCCACGAGCCCCAAACUCAGCUCUCCUCUGUGGGCUCUGCCGCCCGGGGCUCCUAAAAAACAGCCAGGGGCCUCUCCCGUCCCCGGGGGAAUCGCUGAGGACGAGGCCAAGGCCUUUGCUAGUAAACAUCACGGUGCAAAGCGUCAGGAUUGCCCGGCCGCCUGGGAGGACCCCAGCCGUGGAGCCGGUGUGUGGGCCAAAUCCUCCCCAGCGGACAAGAAGAAAGGGACCCCGAGGAAAUGCACCGGGCGGGGAGAGGAGGGCCGUGUGGCCCAGUGGGGUGACCACCCGCUGGACUGUGGCAGGUCACCGCUGGACGUCAAAAGGGCCUAUUCGGAGAAGGGUGCCCCGGCCAAAGUCCGAGAGGGCCUGUCCAUCAUGCAGGAAGCCAGGGAGAGGAGGCGAGAGCAGCCCAAAGGGAGGCCCAGCCUCCCUGGGGAGAGUUCGGAGGCCAAGGAAACCAAAAUGGGGCCCUGUCGGCGGGACUCGGGGACUCGAGACAGUCAAAAGGUGACAUCACGAGACCUGGGGAGGGAGGAGGCCCUCCAGGACCGAGAUCCGGCUCUCCAGCAGUUGUCCCCUGUGGCUUUGGGCCCCCGGAGGAGCCACAGCUUCUGCAAGGACAAGAGGAGCGGGGCCUUCGUGGAUCAGCUGAAACAGUGCUUCUCCAGGCGGCCCCCCGAAGCCAAGGACACCGACACCCUCGUACAGGAAGCCGACAGCCAGUAUGGGACGUGGAGGGACCAGCACCAGAGCGGGGAGAGCGUGGCCCCCGAGUCCCCGUCCCCGGACAGCAGUGCAGCGUCGGCGUGGAAGCAGCCCUCCAGCAGCCGCUUGUCCUCACUGUCCUCCCCCACGGAGGCCACCUCGGCCGGGGACCAGCAUGACUACCCCAGGGACCCGCGGAGCACCAGUGUGGACCGCUCCAGCACCGACCUGGAGUCCACUGACGGGACGGAGGGGCCGCCCCCGCCCGACACCUGCUCUACAAAGAAAGUAGACGACUUCUCCUUUAUCGAUCAAACCUCAGUCCUCGACUCAAGUGCCCUCAAGACCCGGGUACAGCUCAGCAAGAGAAGCCGCCGCCGGGCUCCCAUCUCCCACUCCCUCCGGCGCAGUCGGGUCAGCGAGUCAGAGAGCAGGUCUCCGCUGGAGGAGGAGGAUGACACCAUGUGGAUGUUCAAGGACUCAACAGAAGAGAAAUCCCCCAGGAGAGAAGAGUCCGACGAGGAGGAGAAGCGGCCUGAGAGGUCACCCAGCAGCCAUCCCCAGAGGAUGCCCGCGUUUCCGGGCAUCGACCCGGCCAUGCUCAAGGCACAGCUUCACAAGAGGCCAGAGGCAGACAGUCCCAGCGAGGCCCCCGGCUGGGCCCCCCAGCCCAAGACCCCCAAAUCCCCCUUCCAGCUGGGCAGUCGUGUGCUGCCCACCAGCCUUGAGAAGGACGAGAGAUCAGAAGAGACCUCACCCCAGUGGCUAAAGGAUCUGAAAUCUAAGAAGAGGCAAAGCCUGUAUGAGAAUCAAGCUUGACCAGGGCUCUCCCUUCCUCUCCAGAUGGGGACACCGCCACGUCUCAUGAACAGAAGCCUUAACUGUCAGACCCCCAAGACGAGGCCGCGCUGCCGCCGUUCCCUCCUGCACAGCGGUCACCUGCCUGGGCCCCGCCUUCCGGUCAGGGCAGACGCUGUCCGGGCUCCACCGUCCGCAGGCUCUCAGGAUGGACCAGGUCGGACCGGAUCAGGCGGAAAGGCUCCCUCUUCACACACCCGCACGCCUCCCAGACAGCACUUCAGGCUGGGAAAGAAGCCAGGCUGCCCAGAAGUGUCCAUGUGGGCAGUUUUGUUGCGGUUUUUAAUGUAAAAGUGCAUUUCCGCCCACGUCAGCAGCAGCUCUGGGAGCACGGGUCGGUUCUGGAAAGCACCCGAACUGUGAAGCGCCUUCUCCCCUCCCAGGGCAGGUCUUCCCAAGAGGACUUUCCAGGAAAGGAGAAGCCGCUCGUUUCCUGCUGGUGUGUCCGGGCAGCGCCGCGGGGCGGGCGUCCUGAUUGCUUUUUGGCCGUUCCCCUCCCUCUCGGAAGCUGAGGUUCCGAUGUUAAGCGUCCCCUUCCUGUAUUUAUCCUUCCCAGGGGCCGUGCACACAGCUCGCCUCUUUUCUUGAGUGUCGCGUUUGUUUGCUUUGGAAGGUGAUGAAGCAAUAAUGCAGCCAGUUCCCCUUGACCAUGGACGUGUAUAUAAGCCUUCACAUUGAGGAACGGGAGGAGAGAGGCGUGGCUGCUUUGCCGGGAGCAUCUGGUCAUCUCAGGUUACCUUGUCCCUAUCCGAGCUUUUUGUAGACAUUCUGAUUGUCACCUGUGUCUCCCUGGUUCCCUGCCCUUGUGAGCUCUGGUUUCUGUGGAGGGACCUGUCCCUUGGCCUCCAGGGUCAUAAGCUGCAGCCCCUGGCAGUGCCUUUCCCACCCUUCAGACCCGCCUGGGCAUUUUCCCAGCGUUGAUCUCCAUCACUGCCUGUGCUACGGGAAGAGCCGGUCCGCAGUGGCCUCGCUGAGCAGAUGCAGGGAUGAGGGGCUCUUGUGUUUCUACUCACCUCUUCCUUCUACCAACCCUCCCGCUGCAUCCACCAUCUUUUUAGGUCCAGAUGAAGGUCGAGGUCUUGCGGAAAGCCCUUCUCGGCAGGGGAACUCCCCAGGCCAGGGACGCGGACAGAGCGCUGGGUGCUGGGUGCUGGGUGACGGAGCGGAGGUUUGCCUGCCUGUUUUUCUUGCUGUCUCUCCUCUGUCCUUCUCUUUGGAAAUCCUCCACACCAGCCUCCUCCACCUGCGAAGCCCAAGGCCCCAGCAGACAUCCCAGAAAUGCCUGCUGGCCACCUGCCAUGCCUGCAGUCGCCAUAAACUUUGUGCCAACCUUCCCUGGGAGAUGCCCUUUGGAGAGAGAGAUGCUUGGGCAGUUCACAGGGUGGCCGGUGGUGGCUGAAGGGUCCUGGGGCUCAGUUUCCUCAUGGACACAUACUCAGCAUUGGCUAGAUAUAGACACAUUCCCCCUCCCCCGCAACUCCCCAAAAGGUGAAAAUCUUCAUAAAUCCCAAUAUUUGCAAAUGGUGUCAAAGCAUCCCUCCCUUCCCAGCCACCUCUCAGGAUUCUGUGUGUCUGCCCAUCGCUCUUUUCGCAUCAUCUCCCUUUACCUCCGCUCUCCUCUUGGGGGUGGGGAGAAGGGGACAGCAGUUGUGUUUCUCUGGGGUAAGACAGCCUGUGCCCUGGGGAGCGGCUCGCUUCAGCACCGCAGACAGUGACUGGAGCGCCCUCCCUGAGUCCUGCGGGCUGAGCUUUGCUGCUUACCAGUGGGCACUGGUUGGACCCCGUCACCCACCCAUCCUGUGGGUCUGGAAGCCUCGUGCAUCUGCGUGUGGAGGCCUGGCCUUGCUUGAUCAUAGCUGUGUCCCCUUCGUUCCCUGAGUAAGUGGUUGAUCCGUUCUCUCUGGCAGUUUGGGGAUGGAAUUCCUCCAGGAGCUGCUGGUGGACGUUUGUUGCUCGUGCUCUGUAACAGCGUGGAUGUGGUGGCUCCUGGUCAGGAGGCCCCCUGGGGCACUGCUAGUUCCUUCCUCAGCUGCUGCUUGCUUUGUCCUUCUGAAGGUGGGAAGGCCCCUUGGGACCAUCUCAGGCAGUAGGAAGUGGCCCAUUCUGUCCAGUGAGUGUAGCUCACUCACCACGCACAACUCUCAGUUCCGUUUUAGCCCAAGUUUACCCGACAGGAAAGAAAAACUCAUGAAAAGGAGAUCUUUUGCCUACCCUACCCCCACCCCCACCCCCACCCCCACCCCCGUACCCCUAUGACUGGAACUAAAAAGUUCAGUUGAUUCCAUGGUGAUUAAGACACACAAAGUCCACCCCUUUCAACUGACUAGAGCAGACUCUGAACAUUCUCCCAGCUUCUUCUAUUUCCUGCUGCCUCCUCUCUCCAUGCAGAGCAGACAAUCACAGUGGGUCAGGAGGGACCCUCCCAGUGCAGCCCCCCCUCCCCCCGCUCAGGAACCCCUUGGGGUCUGUGCAUCCAGGUCAGAGCGAUUGAUGUCCGCGCCUGUGCAGACAGCUGGGGCAGUGGGGGUGUGCUUCUCCUCUUUCUAAACGGGGUGAGCUCUUUGGGGCAAAGCAAGGGUUUGUGCUCCAGUUUCCCGAGUGAGCCUGGGGUCACCCUUGGCAAUCUGUCUCCUUUACACUGAAUAUGCCUUAAUCAUCUGUAUGCAGUCAAGCCCUGCCCGCCUCUCUCCUUCCUCCCCUGAGCCCGUGGCUCUCCUUACUGAGUCUUGCACAAAAGGCCAAUCGCUACGGAUGCACCAUCUCAGCCACCUCCCUCCCUCUCCACACACACCCUUUGACCCUUUGCACAUCAGCAUCUUGACAGAUGACCUCUUGACAAGUCUGUAUGUUCCCCCCAGUGGAGCCCCUUCCUCGUGGUCUCUUGUCUGAGGAGGCAGAGGCCUCUGGCCUGUGAACCUCCCAGCACGGCCUCGGCGUCAGUGCUGCGGAGGAUGACUUGGUGCCACAGAGAAACGCCGGGGCCGGGAGACUUCUCGGGGUUUGGGGUGCUGGGGACGACGGCCUCAGGGUGCCUAGGGCUGGGGCCAGGACAGUCAGAUGGGGAUGUUUUCCGGGGGACCAGCCACGCCCUGUGCUCUCGGACAAAUGUGUUUCCUUCUGUGCAUCCCGGGAAGUGAGGCCAACUCCAGGUGUUGCGAAGAAGUGAGACUAGACGAGGCCCAGGCCUGAGAUCCUAAACCUUAGAGGCUGCGCAAGGGGUUUAGGAAAGCCCUUGGCGUGAUUUCUCCAAGGAGCUGCCCACCUGGUGCUGAGAGCUACCUGGUCCUUUCCCGCUUUUCCAUUUCCCACCGGGCACCCCGGGUUGCCCCAGCUCCGGGCAUAACUGCAAAGCUAAGUGUCCACAGGUGUGCGGGCGGGUCACCUGCAGAACGAAAUGCUUCCUUAAAGGUGACUCGGUCCCGCGUGGAAGACGGCGUCCACCCACAGAGAGGGCUGUCCCCCUCAGCCCCUGCGGCCCCUCCCACAAAGCCCUAUCCCUUAACAGGAAGCUGGCUGGCUGCCUUUGUAUGAACUGUCAUUCGGGGUGGGCCUGGGGGAGGGGGAGGCGGGAGGAGAGCGCUCUGGGUGGGACCUCCCAGCCUGUCCCUGGAGCCGUGGCAGGUGGCUUCCCUGAUGGACAGACAGCCUGUGCCGUUCCCCCGGGAGCACCGUCCGCGAGUCGGACAGGCACUUGCGGACCAUCUCUGGUGGCGUCACGCCCGCGCAGAAAUAUGCCGCCGUUGUCCACAGAAGAACUUGAGCCUUUUUCACGAUCUCACUCCACAUGGCCUUACAGAUCCUGUAAAUAGGGGGCUGACAAAAGUCAUAUAUUGUGUUACGGGCGACAUUUUGUACCGGGCUGUUUCCUAAAUCAAACCAAUGUUCUAGAAGUCCAGCACUCCCACCUGACUUUGAUCCUCAGAUGCUUUGUAAGGCGGGGAGUGGAAAUGCAUGGACGCAGACUGUAUAUUUUCCUAGGCUUUCUUCCGGGUCCCUGCGUCAGAGCGUUGAGUCCCGACAGAGAAGGAACCCAGUUGGGGGUGUGGGAAAGCUAAGCUCCCCGCUGGCAUCCUCAAAGUUGCCUUAGAAUUCGCCAGCCCUGGAGUUCUGCACGGGAGGAGGCGAGAGGCACUUUAUCCAACCCCAGAGGGAGCCUCGAAUCGUGUGACUGACAGUUCACCUAGAAAAAAGCCUAUAUUUUUAACGUCGAAACCAUGGGGCUCCCCGGACUCACCGAGUGUUGGACGUCAACAAGUGCUUUUAUAUUUUGUAACUGUAAAGAGUUUCCUACGCACAUCGAGAGCAGUUGGGAAGCCGGCCAACUGCCCCCAAACGAGAUGACCUUUGCAUGUACAGAGAUGUUGCAUUCAGACCAUGAAAACAGAAAUAAAGCUUUGGUGCAAGUUGCA